AUGUCUUUCGACAAUAUUACCGCAUGGCAGCCGCACUUGGAUGGUUCGGGCUUCUCAUCUCAAAUCAUCUUUAGCUUGUCUGCAGUUGUGCCCUUCUUCGUCCUUUUUACCUAUCUUCGAGGGCUUUACCGCGUUUAUCUGCAUCCUCUAAGCAACUUCCCUGGACCGAAAGAAGCGGCCAAAUCGCGCAAGUGGCUCUACCUUCAAACCCAGACGGCGUACCCUGAACACAUUUAUGAACAACUUCAUCAUCUCUACAACGCUAAAGCCAUCAGAAUCGCGCCUGAUGAACUUCAUAUUACCGAUACGGACCUUUAUAAGGUGAUCUACAGGCAAUCAAACCCGUUCCCCAAGCACGAACCUUUCUAUCUAGGAUUCAACGUGCCGUCUCCGACGGCCUUCACCGAGAUGGAUGAGGCUAAACAUAAGGAGCGCCGACGCCUGCUGAACCCCAUGUUUUCUCGUGCAGGCGUCCUGAAGCUGGAAGGUCUUAUUCGGGAGCGACUGGCACUCCUGGAGAGCAAGAUUGAAAGGCUUCGUGAGAAGCAGAAUAUCGACUUUUAUGAUGCAUUUCGACUCUUGACUACGAACAUCAUUAUGGAGUUUUGCUUCGCUGAUAGCGGCGGCAUGCUAGAAGAGCAGCCCAACAGUUUUAAAUCAUACUUUCUCACAGCUUUCAGCGUUGGUGGUCGGGCUGUUAAGACCCUGCAACACUACCCCUCGUUGCGUAUUAUCAGCAACGCGCUGCCAGCGGGGAUCCUGAAGAUCGUCUCUCCAGAACUCGGCAGUCUCCUUCAAGUGGCUGAUUUCUCGAAGCUGUGUGUGACCCGCUGGCGCAAGUCUGGUAGAUCAAAAGCAGCCGGUGAUCAUCCCAUUGUUCUCGAGAAUUUGACCUCCCUCUCGGAUAUUGCGCUGGUCGGCGAAGCUCUUGAUCUUUUGGUGGCUGGGUCUGACACUAGCGCCACGUCAUUGACCACGGCUCUAUUUGAGAUUCUGCGUCAUCCCGCCAUGGAGAAGAGACUGGUCAAAGAUCUUGAUGCUGCUAUUCCAGACAAGAAUGAUUUGCCUCCGAUUCAGACGUUGGAAAAGAUUGAUUACUUGACCGCUUGCGUCAAAGAAGCCAUCCGACUGGCCUCAGCAGUGCCCUCGCGCCUUCCAAGAGUGGUACCGUAUAACAAUUCGGAACCCUUCAUUGUAGACGGAAAGAUCGUCCCUCCUGGUACCGUCGUUUCCAUGUCAGCUCAUACGAUGCAUUCCAGUGUUGAUAUUUGGGGCCCUGAUGCUCGAUGCUUCAAUCCCGAUCGCUGGUUGGGGCCCGAAGCAAAAGGACUGGAUCAGUAUCAGGUUGCUUUCAGCAAAGGCGCUAGAAUGUGCAUUGGACAGAAUUUGGUGCCUGUCGAGAUGACAAUUAUUCUCGCUUCCAUUCUUCGAAAGUAUAAGAUCACCUUCCCUUCUGGGUUCUUACCUCCAAGACGAGUCGACAACUUCACCGUAGAGCUUGAAGGAGGUCUUCCUCUCAAGGUGUCACCUCGAGCAUGA